CGCCUUUUCCCCUUAUAGAGCGCAGUGAAAAAAAGCGUAGAAGAAGAAGCAACUAACUGCGCAGGCGCAGUGCAAGUGACAUUUCCUGAUUGCGAUUCUAGGACACGAAAAUUAACGAUUUUUAAAGGAAGUAUUACAUUUCAUAGCUUUAAUUAACGCAGACAAAGCCAGUACUAAUACUACUAUGGAAUGUUUCAGUUAGUUCACACAUAUUUGUGAAUAAAGUGUCUUAUCCGGGUAAAAACUUGAGCAGUGACUGAUGCAACAUGGCAGUAAGUCGGUGUUUUCUGUCAGCAUUAAGGACGCACGGUCAAUGUCCGAGCCGUGAAGCUCACACUCUGGGACUGAAGGCAAUCAGCCAGGUGUCUUCUGUUGUGGUUUGUAAAAACGGACAACCACAGGGAGACACGCGCCUUGGAAGAAGAUCCCCAGCUUGGGGAGGAGGAGGUCGGAAGGGCGACUCGUCCUUGUUGAAGUCGGUGUCUUUGGGUCUGGGGAUCUGCGGCGCGGCGCUUCUGGACAGUCGAAAGGACGAGCAGGAAGACACUUCUGUGCCAGGAAGGUUUCUAAAACUCGUUCUGCCCUCUGCUCGUUGUGCUCAGCCCUUCAAACCUGACAGCCCUCGCUUCAGAUACAACUUUAUAGCAGAUGUUGUGGAGAAGUCCACCCCAGCUGUGGUUUAUAUUGAAAUUGUGGGCAGAAAUCCAUUCUCAGGAAGAGAAAUCCCGGUGUCAAAUGGCUCAGGUUUUAUCGUCAGCAGCGACGGCCUCAUCAUCACCAACGCUCACGUUGUGGCCAACAAGCGAGGCGUUCGUGUGAAGCUCACCAACGGAGACACGUACAACGCCACGGUGCAGGAUGUUGAUCACGAGGCGGACAUUGCCACCAUCAAAAUCACCCCAAAGAAUCCUUUGCCAACACUGAAACUCGCUCAGUCGUCGGACGUUCGACAAGGAGAGUUUGUUGUCGCCAUGGGAAGUCCAUUCGCUCUGCGGAACACAAUCACAUCAGGGAUCGUGAGCUCAGCUCAGAGAGGCAGUAAGGAGCUGGGCCUGGCAAACUCCAACAUGGAGUACAUUCAGACCGAUGCAACCAUCGACUUUGGGAAUUCUGGCGGUCCUUUGAUUAAUCUGGAUGGGGAAGUCAUCGGUAUAAACACCAUGAAGGUCACUGCAGGGAUCUCAUUCGCUAUUCCAUCUGAUCACGUGAGACGUUUUCUCGAGCAAGGGUCGAAAAGAAAAACUUCUUGGUUCAGUGAAUCGGGAACGAAGCCCAGAUACAUCGGAGUUAUGAUGCUGACGUUGACGCCGAGCAUCAUCGCGGAGUUGAAGAUGAGAGACCGGUCCUUCCCGAACGUGACGCAUGGCGUUCUGAUUCACAGAGUCAUCGCAGGCUCACCGGCCAACAGAGCUGGCAUGCUACCAGGAGACGUCGUGGUUGAGAUAAACGGGGAGAAAGUGAACACCUCUGAGGAGAUCUACAAGGCCGUCCGCAGCAGCAGCAGCAGCAUCAACAUGUUGGUGCAGAGAGAAAACGAGUUGCUUCUGCUUCAAGUGAUUCCUGAAUACAUAGAGUGAGCUUCACGAGCGGAUGACCACAUGGUUAGAGGAGGAAAAACUGUGAAACCAAUUAAUGGUUGUAGUCAAAGGGAUUUAUUUUGGUUAAAUGUGAUUUUAUUUGCUCUCCAAUAG